UCCUAGAGGGUGCAGCUUUCAUCUUUCCAAAGUUAGUUUCAGCCUUUUGAUGAUGCUACAAGUUUCACUUUUCAGUUUUAGGCAAAAUAUAUAAUACACUUAGUGAAAUCUGUACCAUAAACUGGUAAUUCAACACUUUAAGAGCCGGGCUUUUCCUCCACUGCAGUGGAGAGAGAGGCUCCAGCUGCAGCCCUUUCUGUGUGACUGUAUAUGUAACCUGCAGCUUGUAUUUGACGGCUCUUUGUAAAGCUAUGAGAAAUGGAAAAGCCAGAUAGGCAGCAAGCAGUUACAGGAGUUUAAUGUAGUCAUUGACACAGACACAAUGUCUCACAUAACAGCGAUAAGAAGCCUGCUUUGUCAAUGGCCCAAUCCUGAGCUGACACUUAUUUCUCCUCAUGCAAAUAAUUCAUCCCAUUCACAGUGCUGGAGGCAGACGGGGGUUUCCUCUAUUCUUGCUUGAGGCGAAUAAAAAAAAAAGAAGCAAUUUCCAUCUCGACGCAGUAAACAAGAAGGAAAAAAAAACCCAGAGAAGACACACAGAAUCCUACAUUUCCUUAUAUGAAAUGUGGAUAAAUUAACGGAUAUCAUAUCGUAUACAACAAGUGGAAAAGUAGAGAACCGGGUCCGUUAUUCGGAUCCCUCUCACCUCCAUAAAAUACUUCUUGGACAUAGUUGACAAGUAUGCGUAACGACGCGUGCCUCUAGUGGCACCGUGGAAGGAGGGUCGGUCGUCAGACGCACGCAGAUGCACGGCUUUCUGCACUCCCUUUGCAUCCUGCACAAACUAGAAGAUUUUUUUUAAAUGAACACUGUGUAACAAAGAGCCAUUUUGGGCAGAUUUUGGACGUUUCUUCACCGUGCCGUGCGCAACUGGAGAGAGGAGCGUCGCGUCGCGGAGCAGCUUUCUCCACCUUCACAAAGUCCCUCUGUGCUACAUGAACACUUCUCAUGACUGGAGCGAGCUGACUGGAGUGAUUAAACUGCAAUAAGUGCGUUCAUAUUCCUCAGCACUCGUUGCGUGACGCGCCUUUCUGCCUGUUUGUCUUUUCGGGGCGACAGACAGAAUCGUUCGAGGCGACCCAAAGUUCCGCAGGCGCAGUUUCUUCCUCCUCCACAGCGGUGCGGGAGUCCGGCUCGGCUGUUGCUGUGCUACUUGCCAGUAGACUGAUAGCAUCGGCGGUAGGAGGGGAUACAGAGACUCCUGCAGGCUAAUUGUAGCAGCCUGCGUUCGCAGGUGUAUCAGUGAUCCGCCUGUAAAGGGACUGGGGGGCUUCAUCCUGAUCGAGCCGCUCUCAGACUUGCGAGUCACAGAAAAAAAAAAGAAGAGAGACCCUGAGAGAAUGUUGCACCAAGUACAAUGAGCGCAAAUUUGUCGCAGACACCCAAACCCACAUAUGCUCCGUCGAAUUCAGUUUUGAUGAGCAUUUCUGAGCCGUCUUUGGAAUUUUAAAAAAGUGGAUCCCGCGACUUUACAACCAUGCGAAAUACUUGGCUGUCUCCCCGGAGUGCGAUUUGGGAAUACUGGACAUCGCUGAUUGCAUGUCUCUUUUGGAUUCACUACUCUAACGGGAUGCCUCAUGUUAUUCGAAUAGGUGGGAUUUUCGAACAAACAGAUGGACCCGUUUCACUCGUCAGCGCCGAGGAGCUCGCCUUUAAAUUUGCUGUCAAUAACAUAAACAGAAACAGGACUUUGUUACCCAACACAACAUUAACAUAUGACAUUCAGAGGAUUAAUAUCUACGACAGUUUUGAGGCGUCGAGGAAAGCUUGUGAUCAGCUGUCUUUAGGUGUGGUCGCCAUAUUCGGGCCGUCACAUAGUUCAUCGUCGAACGCUGUUCAGUCCAUCUGCAACGCGCUGGAGGUGCCGCACGUCCAGGUGCGGUGGAAGCAUCACCCCAUGGACAACAGGGACAGCUUUUAUGCCAAUUUAUACCCAGAUUACUCUUCACUAAGCUAUGCUAUCCUGGACCUGGUGCAGUUCCUCAAGUGGAAAACAGCCACUGUCGUAUACGACGACAGCACAGGUCUCAUCAGACUACAGGAGCUGAUAAUGGCCCCGUCCAGGUACAACAUUCGGCUAAAGAUCCGCCAGCUUCCUCUGGACUCACAGGACACCAGACCCCUCCUCAAAGAGAUGAAGAGGAGCCGGGAGUUUCGCAUCAUCUUCGACUGCAGUCACCACAUGGCUGCACAGAUUCUCAAACAGGCGCAGACCAUGGGGAUGAUGACAGAGUAUUACCACUAUAUCUUCACCACUCUGGACCUGAUGGCUAUUGACCUGGAGCCGUAUCGCUUCUGUGGUGUCAACAUGACCGGCUUCCGCAUCCUCAACGUGGAUAAUCCCCAGGUCGCAUCCAUCGUGGAGAAAUGGUCGAUGGAGAGGCAGUUACCGCCCAAACCUGACUCAGGCCUGCUGGAAGGCAUCAUGACGACAGAUGCGGCUCUGACCUAUGACGCGGUCCACAUUGUGUCCGUCUCGUACCAGCACGCUCCUCAGAUGACGGUCAACUCGCUGCAGUGCCAUCGCCACAAACCCUGGAGGUUCGGAGGGCGCUUCAUGAGCUUCAUCAAAGAGUCCCACUGGGAUGGUUUGACGGGGAGACUGUCGUUCAACAAGACAACUGGACUUCGCACAGACUUCGACCUGGACAUCAUCAGUCUGAAGGAGGACGGACUGGAAAAGGUGGGGAAGUGGAGUGCGUCGGGAGGUCUUAACAUCACUGAAGUGCCGAAGCGAAAAGGGAUGAACAUCACCGACUCCCUGGCCAACCGCUCCCUCGUCAUCACCACCAUCCUGGAGGAGCCAUACGUCAUGCUUAAGAAGUCUGACAAGGCGCUGGUGGGGAACGACCGCUUCGAAGGAUUCUGCAUCGACCUGCUCAAAGAGCUGGCCAACGUGCUGGGCUUCACCUACGAGAUCCGCCUGGUGCCUGAUGGGAAAUACGGCUCCCAGGACGACAAGGGCCAGUGGAACGGCAUGAUCAGGGAGCUCAUCGAGCACAGAGCAGACCUGGCCGUGGCUCCUCUCACCAUCACGUUCAUGCGUGAAAAGGUCAUCGACUUCUCCAAGCCUUUCAUGAGCAUGGGCAUCAGCAUCCUGUACCGCAAGCCCAACGCCACCAACAACGGCUUCUUCUCCUUCCUCAACCCCAUGACCCCCGACAUCUGGGUCUACAUCCUGCUGGCCUACCUCGGGGUCAGCUGUGUCCUCUUUGUUAUCGCCAGGUUCAGCCCGUACGAGUGGUACGACGCCCAUCCCUGUAACCCCGGAUCAGACGUGGUGGAGAACAACUUCACUCUCCUCAACAGCUUCUGGUUCGGAGUCGGCUCCUUAAUGCAACAAGGCUCAGAACUGAUGCCCAAAGCCCUGUCGACCAGGAUCAUCGGAGGGAUCUGGUGGUUCUUCACACUCAUCAUCAUAUCCUCCUAUACGGCCAACCUGGCAGCUUUCCUCACCGUGGAGAGGAUGGACUCGCCCGUGGUCUCAGCCGACGACAUCGCUAAGCAGACCAAGAUCGAGUACGGAGUGGUCAAAGAUGGAGCCACCAUGACCUUCUUCAAGAAAUCUAAGGUUUCUACUUUUGAGAAGAUGUGGGCCUUUAUGAGCAGCAGGCCGAGCACAUCGCUGGUGAAGUCUAUUGAGAAUGGGAUCCAGAGGGUGCUGAAGUCGGACUAUGCUCUCAUUAUGGAGUCCACAACUAUCGAUUACAUCACCAAGAGGAACUGUAACCUGACGCAGGUGGGAGGGCUCAUCGACAGCAAAGGCUACGGCAUCGGCACUCCCCUCGGCUCCCCGUACAGGGACAAAAUCACCAUAGCGAUCCUCAGCAUCUUGGAGGAUGGGCGCCUACACAUGCUGAAGGAGAAGUGGUGGAGUGGGAGCAGCUGCUUGGAUGAAGAGCGUCACGAGACGGGCCCCAUGGGGAUCCAGAACUUGGGUGGUAUAUUCAUUGUGCUGGCAUCUGGCCUGGUGCUGUCUGUUUUCGUGGCCAUUGCUGAAUUCAUCUACAAGCUGAGGAAGACUGCAGAACGUGAGCAGGUCUUUGUGCAGUGCCAUGGUGGACGAGAUCAGACUGUCGUUCACCUGCGAGAGGCGGGUGAAACACAAGCCUCAGCCUCCGGUCAUGGUGAAGACGGAUGCGGUGAUCAACAUGCACGCCUACAACGACCGACGACUCCCGGGAAAGGACAACAUGAGCUGCAGCACUGGGAUGACCCCCGUGUUCCCAUGACAAUGUGCUCCCCCCAGGGCAAGAACCUCCUGAGUAACGUGUCGGGGGGGAUGCCAGAGACUAGAGACAAUGGCAUCGACGGCAUCACCAGAUUCACCAUUAACCACAGUGACAUGGGGACACUAACAAAACACGGGCAACUCAAAAUGGCAGCAUCAGCCACACAGGUAUGACAACGUUCACCACUGUAUUUCAAACCGCAAGAGGUAAAAAAAAAAAGAAGUAAUAUUUGAAGGAGAGGUUCUGGGGGAAAACAGUGUACCCAAAUAAUCAGUUUCAAGUCUGAUGUUUACGUGCGCAACACAAAAAACACAAGAAAAUACACGUCGUUCGAGGAAUCGGUGAGAAAUUUAUCGGAAAAUAUAGACCGAAGCAAGAAAAAAAGGCUUUGUUAAGAAUGGCAAUAAAUGAAAGAUAUACAUGGAGGACAAGGAAGAGCAGUUUUCAUGGGAGAUCAGUUUUUCCACAUGUUCAAAUUAUGAUCUUAUCUCACUUUUAUCCUGCUAAUUUGCUCCCGAAUGGCCUUUUUUAAUGGCAGAAAAUAAUGUUACCUCAAUGUUGUCUAGGCUCCAAUGGUUAUCUUUAAGUCAUAGGCUGCAGGAUAGGAGACGGGAUCUUUUGAAAGCAUGGUUUAUCUGCAGUGUUGUUGUUGUUGGAAACCCAUAGAGACCCAACUGUUCAGCAGAAAAUACACGUUUGUUGUCAUGUGAAAUAGUGUAACACACAAGCAAUCAAUCAUUAAAGCA